AUCACAACAUUGAGUGCUUUAGUUGAGAUACAUUGAAGAGCACAACUCAAAAUGCAGUUUCAGGUACUUUUAUUGGCUGUAGUCGUCGGGGUAGCUGCUUGCGCCCGUUUGGACAACUCCUAUCUUCCUCCCACUCAAAGCCAAAGUCCCAGCAACUCAUACCUGCCCCCCAACUCAAACCCAUCAUUCCGUGGUGCCGGACCUUCUUCUAGCGGCGCUAAGCAGAUUCCCAUCUUGAAAUUUGCUGCUGAGAACGAAGGAGAGGGAACCUACAGAUACAACUAUGAAACGGGAAACAGUAUAACUGCUGAAGAGCAAGGAGAAGCCCGUGGCGAUGGCACCAGAGCUCAUGGUUCUUACUCUUACACAGCUCCAGAUGGACAACAUAUUUCCGUAACUUACACUGCUGAUGAAAAUGGCUUUGUUCCUCAAGGAUCUCACAUUCCCACUCCACCGCCAAUUCCAGAGGCAAUCUUGAAAUCUCUGCAGGAAAAUGCUGCAGCUGAAGCUAGAGGCGUCUUCGACGACGGCCAGUACCAUGGCGAAGGUUUGAACGAAGGGCAGUACCAGGGUGAAGGUCAAGGCUCUGAUGGAUUUGCAAGAAACACUGCUGGCUCUGGAAGCUUCGGCUCAAACGCUGCUAGUGUCGGUGGAUUUGGCAGGAAUACCGGCAGCUCUGGGAGUUUUGGAUCAAAUGGAGCCAGUUCUGGACCCUACGCGGCCAAUGGAGGCUACAGAUAUUAAUUAAGUGUAGUAAAGGGCUGGUGUAUUUAAUAUUUAUUGAACGAAUUAGAAAAAUCGAUGGCAAUGGCAAAAUAAAAGCCUUAUAAAAA